GAGCUAUAUAAAAACGGCAAAAAAAAAAAUAAAAAAUCGUGAAAUUGCGGAGAGAUUUGAAUGGCUCUCGUCCUUCCGUCUUGGUGCGCACGAUUACACGUGUCACCACCUGCGCAAAAUAGAAGGCGUCCUUGCCGUCCUCCCUCCGCCACUCUCUCUCCUACUCGAGACGAUGCAGUCGAUUGGGUGAAGACCACUUCCAGCUUCUUCGAAGAGGAUUCUAGGCCUAUCAUGCUAUUCGAUGGUGUUUGUAACUUAUGUAAUGGGGGUGUGAGAUUUGUGCGUGCUAACGAUCAUAAUAGAACAAUCAGGUAUGAAGCACUCCAGAGUGAAUCAGGCAAGAAAUUGCUGCAGAGAUCUGGAAGGUCCCCUGAUGAUAUUUCCAGUGUCGUGCUUGUUGAAAAGGACAGAUCAUAUAUCAAAUCAGAAGCAGUACUGAAGAUAAUGGAAUAUCUUGAUCUCCCCUUCCCUCAACUUGCACUCUUUUUACAGCUUGUACCUCUGUUCCUGAGGGAUUUUGUAUACGACAAUGUCGCAAACAACCGUUACACAAUCUUUGGUCGUUCUGAAUCGUGUGAAAUAUAG